CCUCACCAAAUGCAUCCAAGCGACCUGGGACUCCAAGCUCGCUGCCGCUUCCAUCAAUCUCUCUUAUCAGCCCGGUGAAUGCAGCUGGUCCUUCGAAGACCACGAUUCAACUACCAUUAUUGUUCAGCCCCAAGGCUAACAGCUCCAUUCUGGUACCAAAUUCAUCAGACUCGGAAGAAGACUCUCCUGCUGGGACAUCGAGCCCUACUCUGAUGUCUAAAAUGUCUUUGUCCAUCUCUCAAGGUCGAGCCCCAUUGACGUCACGGUCUAUGCGGCCGUCCAAGGUCUCAAAUCCAGAUAGCCAGCGACACGAUCCUCGCUCAGCGCCUAUCCUCUCAUUAAAGCAAUCUCCGACGAAACCGAAAAGUGCCUUGGAACCACCACAGAAAGUCCGCCGUCUCAGUCACGAACAUGACAGCCCUCACUCUCCGCCAUCUGCUCUCGCACGUACAUCAGAAAAAGGCAAAGAGAAGGAGAAAGCACCAUCAUCCGCAUCCGCAGCGUCUAACGCCAGACAGACGAACGAUUAUUCGGCGUUCAAGGGUCGAGGACGAUACGCAAGAGAUUCGAAAGAGAAGACGAUCAACGAAAGCUUUGCCAUCGAUCCGAAGCGUAAUGACGGACUCGACUUUCAAUUUGACGCUGUCGUCCGGAAGAAGGACGAGCGGCGCAAACUCCAUGCGGGGGAUUGCGAGUGCUGUCGUGAGUAUUACAAAGCUAUCGGGCCCCUUCCGAACCGUCUCAAGCAGCCGCUGUGGCGGUCGCCAAAGAAGAAUGCUACGCCUUCUCCUGUGCGUAGGAAGAAGGGGAUAUCGAGGCAUCGGUAUAAUUGGGCGCAAGGUGGGACACCGCCGGGGUACUGGGACAUUGGGUUCCCGGAUACGCAGGAAAUGACGAGGAUCAAUGAGAGGGCGAAGGAGAUGCAUGAGAAGAAGAGGAGAGAGAUCGAGGCAGAGACUAUGCGUGGGGAUGGAAGGUAUGUUAGAAGGAAGAGAUAGAACGCAAUUGUAUAGUAGUAUUAUAUCAUUACAACGUCAUUU